AAUAUACGUGAAUAAAGUUGUUUCAAAACAGAACACUCUGCAGCCAAUUAAGCCGAUUGUGCUCUCCGUCCAUGGGGGCCCAGUGUGCCAUGGCUGCAAACAGUAGCCUCCUUGGUAGUGUAUGCAGCCUGUUGAUUGUAUGGGUUGCCCUAAGGGACCUUGGAGACAGCCCUUUCCAGUGGAUAUUGAGGUCUGACCUCAUGCUAUCUCCAAUCUAGGCUGCAGACAGGUAUGCGGGGUGCCUUUGGAAAGCCCCAGGGCACAGUAGCCAGGGUCCACAAUGGCCAAGUCAUCAUGUCCAUCCGUACCAAGCUGCAGAACAAGGAACAUGUGAUUGAGGCCCUACGCAGGGCCAAGUUCAAGUUCCCCGGCUGCCAGAAGAUCCACAUCUCCAAGAAGUGGGGCUUUACUAAGUUUAAUGCGGAUGAAUUUGAAGACAUGGUGGCUGAAAAGCGGCUUAUCCCAGAUAUCUGUGGGGUCAAAUACAUCCCUAAUCGUGGCCCCUUGGACAAAUGGAGGGCUCUGCACUCGUGAGAAUCUCGGCACUGCC